AGGGUACCGUCGGCAGCUGUGGGGGAGAAAAAGGAGGAUGUAGAGAGGAGGAGUUCGGCGUGUUUGCGUCUUUCUUCCCGUCCUCCCACCCUUUUGUGCUGCAUCCCACUUAAAGCUCCGAGCCAGCAUCCGUGCGUCCCGGGGUCCCCAGCACCCAAGCGCUUCGCAGUGCAGUGUGUGUGCGUGCGUGCGUGCGUGUGAUGUCUGGCCGGAGACAUGCGGAAGAUUCGUGAACAGACAGGGUGCGCCUCACCGGGACGGAUUCUAUACCUGAGAUGUGCAAAGAAAUGUGAACAGGAUCAGUCCGCACUGUGUGCAGGCUGCUGCCUGCUGACCAGUCUUUGCGACACCGUGGGAGCCAUCCUGGCCAGACAGCUCACCAUUCAGGUUUUCACCGGUGCCUACCUAGCAGCUGUUGACAUCGUGAACUUCAUGUUCAUCCUCUUCCCAGUCUGUGGAUCCAAGACCAAGGCCAAGCCAGAGCGGGCCCCCCGGGAGAGGAAGAGGAGCAAGCGGCUCAGAACCAGCAUGUUUGUCCUGGCUCUGCCGCUAAGCCUGGGUUCAGGCUGGACUCUCUGGACCGCUGUCCCCAAGGCUUCUGGCCCAGUCCGAGGAGCUCAGCGGAGGCUGCUGGGUAGUCCGCUGCAGGAAAACCCUGAAGUCUUUGGCUAUGUGCUGGGUGGCAUCGCUGCCGUCGGCUCCUGGGCAUCUCGGAUCCCUCCAUUCUCCAGAAUCUGCCAGGGGAAGUCCUUCUUCUACAUCCUCCUGUGGACGCGGUUCCUAUCAGCUCUGGCUGGCCUCCUCUAUGCCUCGGCCAUUGUGGCCCAUGACAGGCAGCCCGAGUACCUGCUGCGGGCCACACCCUGGUUCCUGACUUCCCUUGGUGGAGCUGCGCUGGAUCUCGCUAUCAUUUUCCUGUCAUGUGUGAUGAAAAGCAGGAUGAGGCGAGCCUUCGGAUUUGCCUCUGAAGCCAGGGAGAGCCUUGACACCCAAUCCCUUCUGACCUGUGCAGAAAAAGAGGAAGAAACUUGGGAGGCUAUGUCCGAGUAUAAGAACUCAGACUGGGUGCCUCUCACCAGUUGGUCACACUGCAGGCCACUGAGGUCAAUGACGGCAGUCAGUCGGUACCUGGAGCUGACCAUUGAGCCUGUGCAGCAGACAGGCUGCAGUGCCAGUAGGCUGCCUGGGGAUGGACAGAUGAACACAGGCGAUGUCUCCCUGCAGGAGCCCCCCUCAUACCCUCCUGUUCAGGUCAUCCGGGCCCGAGUGUCUUCAAGCAGCUCCUCCGAGGUGUCUUCCAUUGACUCUGAUCUGGAGCAGAAGUAUUGGGAGGCCCUAAACUUGGAGCAGUGGGAUCCUGAAGAUGUGAAUCUUGAAAGGAACAAAGACAACACCGAGCUGUUUAGAUCACAGGUGCACAGGGCCUCCUUGGACCCAGUGAAAUUGACCUCUGAUGAUUAACAUCUUCAGGAACUAGUCCAUCAGCUCAGAACCCAAGGUCAGGCAUUCAUUUAUCACUGACCAAAUGGGGAUCACCCUACAGUGACACGGAGCAGGAAUUUGAGCUGCUGCCGAAGCUGCCCAGGGAAGUGAGGAGCCUGGAGCUGUCACUGAGCUUGGCUGGUCUACACCAGCGUUCAGAAUGGAGCGCAGGCUCUGGGGCCUGUGGGCAUAUCCUCACAUGCUCAGUUGAUUCUGACGAUGAGGAAUUCACAGGUGGACCCUGCUUUGCCACAAUAAACCUUCUUCCAAAGGA